GGUAAAAGCAGGAGAAUGAUUACCCAGUAGCUUAAUGGAGUACAGAAGAUUUUACAUCCUUUUUUCACAAGGGAAAGGGUAGACGGGAAAUGUAGACAUUUAUUUUGAGGAGCAGCAAAUGAUCAUUAAGAACAAUGAAUGGGCAGAAAUUAAUUAGUAAAUAAUUUUCUUUUGAGUUAUCUUGUGAAAAAGUCCCUCCAGGCAUGGCUGCAUUUCUGAGUCUUUCUGCAUUUCUGAGAUUUCAGUGAGGAGAGGAAUGCAUUGCUUCUUCUAGAAAGAGGCUUCUCUAGUCAGGGAAGGAAAUUUCAGAGAGUACCUCCCUGCACUUGGGGAAAGUGGGAGCAACAAGUCAAGGUUGGGGGACCUGCAUUAUGAGGCAGCUUCUAAAGCCUCUGUCUUUGGGGUAUCGCUUUCUGAGCGUCAAGAGUAAAACGUGAUGCAUUCCUUUCCUUCCAACCUAGAUUCUAGUAGUUUAGAUCAGUAUCAUUGUUUUUACUUCAAAGUUCAGGAAACGCUGGAAAUUGCUAGCUAAUAUCACAGGAAAACAAAAAACACGAGGUUGACUUCACCUAUUCUGCCUACCCGCGGUAGGUAACCAUGUAUGAAUAGAGACUCCCAGGCAUAAUCAAAUUACCUCUGUCAAGUCCUCGCCCUAAGACUAUUUUUGGAAACUAGGGAUUUUCCAGAUUACUGAAAGCCGUGGCGGUGUCAAAGGCCGGGCAGGAGUUUCGCAAGCAGAGCUAUGAAAGCAGCCACCCUCGCGGUCAUUCCUACGCCUCCGCCCUACUUCCCCACACUGGCAAAAACACGCUCCCCGGGGAGCUUUCAUUUGGGAACCGAUACGGUCCACAGCCCUGUGUUCUUCAAAUACUGUAAAGCAGCCCUCUCCAGAUUCCUUGAGGGUCACUUUAUAUUACACAUUCGUCCACACACGACAACCAAGUCACCACUUCCACCCGCCAAAGCGCGCUCAGGUCGGCAGCCACUUCCCUUGUUACACGCGGAACACAAGCCGCGCCGAGGCUAAAGGAAGAGGCCGGAAUGCAGGGCGAAGGGGCGCAGAGAUGCUAGCCAAUGCUGCCACCUCUAUUUUGGGUAUAAAGGAUCUUGUAAAGCUCCGUUAUUCGUGUGGCUAAGUAUCACAAACAAGGUGGUUCCGACCGGCCUUGGCUAGAGAAGGCCUCCUUAGCCUCUGAGGACCCCAAAGUCUGUCGCAGCACCCAACACUCCCCUAGCAGGCCCAGUUGCCGAAGGCGGAGGCGCGGCCUGGAGGGACUAGUUGGCGCGCGGCGGCCCGGCGUGGUGACGUCAGGGCGGAAGCGCAUGCGGCGUGAAGCGGCCCAGAACCCGGCGGUCACGGGAAUAUCCGUCGCGCCGAGAACGCUGGUUAGUCUUGUUUCGGGUUCCGGCUGCGUUGGGCUUGCGUGCGGCUCGCUAAGACUAUGGCGUCCGGGCCUCAUUCGACAGCUACUGCUGCCGCCGCCGCCUCAUCGGCCGCUCCAAGCGCGGGCGGCUCCAGCUCCGGAACGACGACCACGACGACGACCACGACGGGAGGGAUCCUGAUCGGCGAUCGCCUGUACUCGGAAGUUUCACUUACCAUCGACCACUCUCUGAUUCCGGAGGAGAGGCUCUCGCCCACCCCCUCCAUGCAGGACGGGCUCGACCUGCCCAGCGAGACGGACUUACGCAUCCUGGGCUGCGAGCUCAUCCAGGCCGCCGGCAUUCUCCUCCGGCUGCCGCAGGUGGCGAUGGCAACGGGGCAGGUGUUGUUUCAUCGUUUUUUCUACUCCAAAUCUUUCGUCAAACACAGUUUCGAGAUUGUUGCUAUGGCUUGUAUUAAUCUUGCAUCAAAAAUCGAAGAAGCACCUAGAAGAAUAAGAGAUGUGAUUAAUGUAUUCCACCACCUCCGCCAGUUAAGAGGAAAAAGGACUCCAAGCCCCCUGAUCCUUGAUCAGAACUACAUUAACACCAAAAAUCAAGUUAUCAAAGCAGAGAGGAGGGUGCUAAAGGAGUUGGGAUUUUGUGUUCAUGUCAAGCAUCCUCAUAAGAUCAUUGUUAUGUAUUUACAAGUCUUAGAAUGUGAACGUAAUCAAACCCUGGUUCAAACUGCCUGGAAUUACAUGAAUGACAGUCUUCGAACCAAUGUGUUUGUUCGAUUUCAACCAGAGACUAUAGCAUGUGCUUGCAUCUACCUUGCAGCUAGAGCACUUCAGAUUCCAUUGCCAACUCGUCCCCAUUGGUUUCUUCUUUUUGGUACUACAGAAGAGGAAAUCCAGGAAAUCUGCAUAGAAACGCUUAGGCUUUAUACCAGAAAAAAGCCCAACUACGAAUUACUGGAAAAAGAAGUAGAAAAAAGAAAAGUAGCCUUACAAGAAGCCAAAUUAAAAGCAAAGGGAUUGAAUCCGGAUGGAACUCCAGCCCUUUCAACCCUGGGUGGAUUUUCUCCAGCCUCCAAGCCAUCAUCGCCAAGAGAAGUAAAAGCUGAAGAGAAAUCACCAAUCUCCAUUAAUGUGAAGACAGUCAAAAAAGAACCUGAGGAUAGACAACAGGCUUCCAAAAGCCCUUACAAUGGUGUAAGAAAAGACAGCAAGAGAAGUAGAAAUAGCAGAAGUGCAAGUCGAUCAAGGUCAAGAACACGAUCACGUUCUAGAUCACAUACUCCAAGAAGACACUAUAAUAAUAGGCGGAGUCGAUCUGGAACAUACAGCUCGAGAUCAAGAAGCAGGUCCCGCAGUCACAGUGAAAGCCCUCGAAGACAUCAUAAUCAUGGUUCUCCUCACCUUAAGGUCAAGCAUACCAGAGAUGAUUUAAAAAGUUCAAACAGACAUGGUCAUAAAAGGAAAAAAUCUCGUUCUCGAUCUCAGAGCAAGUCUCGGGAUCAUUCAGAUGCAGCCAAGAAACACAGGCAUGAAAGGGGACAUCAUAGGGACAGGCGUGAACGAUCUCGCUCCUUUGAGAGGUCCCAUAAAAGCAAGCACCAUGGUGGCAGUCGCUCAGGACAUGGCAGGCACAGGCGCUGACUUUCUCUUCCUUUGAGCCUGCAUCAGUUCUUGGUUUUGCCUAUCUGCAGUGUGAUGUAUGGACUCAAUCAAAACAUUAAACGCAAACUGAUUAGGAUUUGAUUUCUUGAAACCCUCUAGGUCUCUAGAACACUGAGGACAGUUUCUUUUGAAAAGAACUAUGUUAAUUUUUUUGCACAUUAAAAUGCCCUAGCAGUAUCUAAUUAAAAACCAUGGUCAGGUUCAAUUGUACUUUAUUAUAGUUGUGUAUUGUUUAUUGCUAUAAGAACUGGAGCGUGAAUUCUGUAAAAAUGUAUCUUAUUUUUAUACAGAUAAAAUUGCAGACACUGUUCUAUUUAAGUGGUUAUUUGUUUAAAUGAUGGUGAAUACUUUCUUAACACUGGUUUGUCUGCAUGUGUAAAAAUUUUUACAAGGAAAUAAAAUACAAAUCUUGUUUUUUCUAAACUGCUUCAAAUACCUUAUUUAAAUAAAUUAUUAAAAAGGAAAAUUUUAAUAGCAAAA